ACUGGCUGACGCUCUCCCAUCUUCUCCAAUUUGCAAAUCACCCCGUCGUUGACUAUCUGGAGCCAUACCAUUCGCCCCAAGAGAUCAAUCAUUCGAAAAUGGACUCUCUGAACACAUUGGUUUCCGACCCGCGUUAUCACGACAUCCUAGCUAUCCUCAAGGGAGCUCGUAACGGCUUGGUCUAUGGUGCCAAAAUCCGAUUUCCACAUGCUUUGGUCAUGACUCUGAUCUUUCAUGGUGACAGACCAUGGAAGGAUCGUGUUCGGUUCGUGGUCAACGCAACCAGACAGCAUGCAUUAAACCUUAGCAAAUUUGUAACCAUUUACAAAACCGCCCUUUUGCUCCAACGAAGAAUUAAUGGGGGUAAAGAAAGGAGCAUAGACACCUUCCUUGCUGGUUUGAUUGGUGGAUGGGUUGUGUUCGGCGAGCGAAAUGCAAUCAAUGAGCAAAUCGUUUUGUACUGUGUUUCUCGGGUCGUUUCCUCCUUCUUACCCCGGGCAAGCCCAUCGAGUGCCUCAAGCCAUCCUGGGAUAAUUGUGACCCAGAACACUCCGAGUCCUUCAAGCAUCCGACAACCCCCACUUGGGCACGGAAACGUUGCUCCUAAUGGCAUGCCUCGACCACCAGGAUUUCCCUACCCCGCCUCGGUUCCAAUUGAUAAACGAAUUUUCGAAAUUUAUGCAGCACUCACGUGGGGCGCUGUUAUGUGGCUCUUCCGCUGGCGAAGAGAGAGACUGCAAGGUGGUCUGAUCAACAGUAUGCAAUAUCUCUAUCUUGACUCCGAGGUUUGGACUAACUUGAAGAACCUACUAUGGCACAACGUUGCGUAAUAUUGGAAUCAGUAAAAAGUUACUUCGUAUCUCAAAAACGGGCCAAAGGGCUUCCUGCUUCGUAAACCAAAGGUCAAAAUCUCAAACCGAAUUGAUCGCCUGUGUUGGUAUCUACUUUUUAGUCAUUCCUGCAUUUCCCUUCGAAACAGACAAUUCUCAAGUGAUUUGUAUUUCUAGUCGUUUCUGCACUUGACUCUCAGAUAGCAUAUUUUGAUUUUUAGUGAUUCAUCAUGUUCGAUUCAACUCUUCUGUAUUCUUUAGCAUCAUGCGAUAGAGACUAUCAAAUCUUUCAAGGCAAAUAGAUGGGCAGCUACAUGUAUAAGGCACAAAAAUGUCAUACAGUUACAUUUUUGUGAAAAAUGGAGAUAAGGGUCCUGUUGCACUCAA